CUCCAGUGGAUUAUGACAAUCGCCGCCUUGCCCUCCCUGCCCAGCGCACUGUGACUUCUCCCCAAUCACGGCGGAAUCCAUCAAGCCCACGUGCUGCAGAGUUGUCAUCUACUUGCAGAAGGAGAUGUCUGGGGACACGUGUUUAACCACCAUCUGUCCGGCUUCAGGAGCCAAGCCCAAAGCCUGCAGCUUCAAAGGGGGCAGCCUUGGCAACAAGUAUGUGCGGCUCAAUGUCGGGGGCUCCUUGUAUUACACCACAGUCCAGGUGUUGACCCGGCACGACACGAUGCUGAAGGCCAUGUUCAGUGGCAGGAUGGAAGUGCUCACUGACAAGGAAGGCUGGAUCCUUAUAGACCGUUGUGGGAAACAUUUUGGAACGAUUUUAAAUUAUCUUCGAGAUGACACGAUUGCGCUUCCAAAAAACAGGCAGGAGAUCAAAGAGCUGAUGGCAGAAGCCAAAUAUUACCUCAUUCAAGGCUUAGUAGACCUGUGUCAGACAGCCCUUCAGGACAAGAAGGACUUGUAUGAACCUGUCUGUAACAUCCCCAUCAUUACAUCGCCAAAGGAAGAAGAGAGGCUCAUAGAAUCAUCUAUCAAACCUGUAGUCAAGCUGCUUUAUAACAGGAGCAACAACAAAUAUUCCUACACCAGCAAUUCGGAUGACAACCUAUUGAAGAACAUCGAACUGUUUGACAAACUCUCUCUCCGCUUCAAUGGCCGAGUCCUCUUCAUUAAGGAUGUUAUAGGGGAUGAGAUCUGCUGCUGGUUCUUCUACGGACAGGGGCGGAAGCUUGCUGAGGUCUGUUGCACAUCUAUAGUCUAUGCUACCGAGAAGAAACAAACCAAGGUUGAGUUCCCUGAAGCACGUAUCUAUGAGGAGACACUAAAUGUCUUGCUUUUUGAAACUCCACGAGUUCCUGAUAACUCGCUGUUGGAGGCAACGAGCCGGAGCCGAAGCCAAGCCUCUCAUAGCGAGGACGACGAGGGCUUUGAACUGCGAGACCGAGUCCGUCGCAUACACGUCAAGAGAUACAGCACCUAUGAUGACCGGCAGCUUGGCCACUAGGAUAUCGGCUGAAGAGAAAGGGUUUGCUUUGUGUGCUUGUUUGUAGAGCAUAAAGACUGGAUGUUUUUGCGUGAGAAGUUUGGCUGAGAAGCAGGGGGUGGACUGUUGGACUCGCUGGUUGAGAAGCAACUUAGCAUCUUUGCACACAGAUUCAAAGCAACACUGAAGGCCAGAGGAUUCAAGAGUCACUGAUGUGUCCGUUGCGUACCACACAGUGUAAACAGAGCAACAUUCACUGUGUUGCGCAAGGGAUGGGCUCCCCGGACCCUGUCUCUUCUGGCAGCUACCAGUCACCUUUUUGUGAGAAGCUACAAAUUUUUCCUCAAGGUGGUGAUUCUGUUUGCAAACUUUUCUUUUCCCAGAGCCUUCUGUUACAGUUCUGUACCAUGAAUAUGUAGGAUAGGAAAGAGACUGGAGGUGGGGGGAGUUGAACACUAGCUCCUUUUGCAGACACUACGCUCUCCAGACCUCAUUAUCUUCUUGUGAAGCAAGCAGUUGGACUCCCAGGGCUAUAUGCAGAAUGUUUCUGUAUUAAGAUCACUUUUGAGCCUUAAACUCCUUGUCCUGUCUCACUAUAAGCCAGGAUUUUAAGGGAAAGCUAGAGUCAAGCUAGCAAAUGAUCCCUUUGUAGAAAAAGGGAGGAACCUGGAGAACUCAGUAAAAUAAACAUGAAAUGAUGUGAUAUGGGGGGUGGGAAUGGGUGUGGUAAAGUUUACAAGAAAGGGAGCCUUAAGGUGGGAUCAACCUCCUGUUGGCCUGGAAUAUGUGUAGACGAACCCUGAAUAUACAGAUCAUGGGAAUUUAGGGAAUCGCUCCAGAAUUAGUUGCUGCCUCUUUCCUCUUAGCUACAUCAGUGUUAGGAUGUGUUUCUUAAGUUGUGCGGGGGGAGGACAGGGUGAUUGAGGCAAACUUUAAUACUCCUCACUGGCUAAUGGUGAAGUGCAGACCAAAGGGAGCUUCCUAGUGCUCAAUAAGGUUGGCACGCAAGGGGUAGUACCUGUGUUUCUAUUCUAAUUUCCCUCUAAGGCAAGGAAAUGGGAGUGGGGGAAUGAGACUAGCCACUGAAGCUUGGGUGCUAUAGGGUGAAACAGGACCAAAGGGCUCAGCCUAAGGGAAGACUCCUUUUACUGAAUUUUAAACAAUGUCUGUAGCUGAGAAUUGGUGGAACUCCUGAUCAGAAUUCCUGAUCAGAAAAUGUUGGUGAGUCAAAUAGCUGUUUUUCAACAUAUUUGAAAGGGAAAAGAUUUCAACCGUGUACUCCAGAAUGUGGCUUCUUCUUUUACUGAGUUAACAUGAUAUCUGUGUGAGCAAAGAGUUUGUAAGGGUGUAGAUGUGAUUAUCCAGUGAGAGAUGAUUAUGCUCAGGACUGGGUGAAAGCUUAAGGGCUUAACUUUUCUUAAGCUUUGCUGGCCACUUGCCUCAGUCCUGUUGUUGGAGGGCCCCCUCGAGCGCUGCAGGUUUGAUUGUAUGCUAUGCACAAUUAGCCACGUGCCCUGUAUUCAGGGUUGUUUCAGUGCUGGUCAGUUAUUUGUUUGGCAGACAGGAAAAAUUGUCACCUGUCUAGACUUGUUUUUUCGUGUGCGCCCUGGGAUGCUGGUUGAUAGUAUUUUACCUAGGCUGACCUUCCUAUGCUGAGAAUUUUUUCCCUGUUCAUUUUUCAGGGAAAAAUGCAGAGUCUUUGCACAUUGCAAAGGAGAGGACCUUAUAAGCAUAGACCACUAACUUACGCAGUGAUGGACUUCAGCCCCUCUACACGUCCAGUUCCUUUUGAUUCUUCCACUAAAGACUAUGAGUUAUGGAGUUAAAUUAAUCCUUUCUCACAUCAUCUUAACUUAAUCACAUAGGGCAAGCUAUCAAAUGAACUGGAGAACUUGCGGUUAGUAUGUCAACAGUGGGAGUAAAUCACUGUGCUCGGUGAUGUAGUUUCACUGGUGCUAACUAAGCACAGAAAAGAGCAUACUGGAACUUGUACCAGCUUGGGCAGCCUCUCGUAAGGGGCAAACCCCUGUCUGCCCUAGGGUAAGCACUAGUUCAGGUACACUGACUGCUAGCCACCUGGCCUGCACAGGGUCUUUUGAGUGGCAAGUUUUGCCAGAUUGAAAGAUCCUUAUUCAAGUAACUUGCAUGUUUUAGGAUUUGGCCCUUUGUAACUGCUCAGAGUGACUGACACUUACCUCAAAGGGAAAAGUAAGAUUUAUUUCACAGGUUUUAUAAAAUAUGAGAGGGUUUACAUUGACUUCAGAGUGAGAAUGCAGAGAAUAAAUGAGGUUGUGAGACUAAAUUAGUAUCCAAAUGUAAUGAGACCCUUUAAAACCCAACCUAUUCAGCACAUUUAGUGUUCUUUCUAAAGACAAAGCCCAAUCGAGAACAGUCUGGUUAGACAAGAGAUUUUGAGUACUGUAAUCAUGUAAAGAUUUAUUUUUCUUACAAGUUCAUUAAAUAGUACAUGACUGUUUUUAAAAUUAUAGCACAUUCAAGAUAGUGUCUAGUAUGAUUUUAUUUCCCUAGAUGCAUUCAAGAUGCACAUUGAGGAAGACAGCUAAUUGUUUUAACUAUUAAUUUGAAAAUGAAAUGUAUCAAUUUCUGAUGGGGAGACUUCAUCAGUUUGGGUAACAAGUUGAGCCUACCUACAAGAGAGCAGCUGUUCAACAACACCUUCAACGGGGCCUGUUGAGCAGUCACAAGUUGGGUUAGUAAAGUCGUUAACCUUUUUUUCUUUUUUCUUUAAAUCUGUUAGACUCCCAGCUCUGGGCCACCAAUUCAGAUCCACUAAAUAGGCAGCCUGGUUCAUGGGUCUCAGUUUAGUUCCCAGUAGCUAGGGUUCUGUGUUAUAAAUGCCUCCAUCACAAUUGGCCAUAAAUGGCUUCUUUUACCCUCUAACAGUGAUCUUUUUAUAUUGGCUGUGAAGGAGUAGGGGUGGGCAAUGGGGAAGUGCGGUAUGUGACUGCCCGUACUGUAUCUGAAUUUCUGUGGUCCUCAGGACUGUCAGGUUGGCAUUUCUUUCAUCACUGCUAAAUCAUUUGCAAAUUUUAAAAGCAAAACUUGGUGGGAUUAUUUUCCUGCAAAGUCUGUUUUAGCAUUUACUAUGCAACUUUACUGUAGUUUGCACUGGGCUGGAGAGGGGUUUUGGUAGGCCACGUUUGAAAAGAAUGGCAGGGAGUGCCCUCAGAUUUCUUGUUUUAAAAACAAGAUGGUAGGUAUUUCGGAGAAAGGCAGUAGUCACUACAGAAUCCCUGUGCUUGUUGCCUAGUCGAGCCUCCUGCGUGUGGAAAUGGAUCUCUUUAAUUCUCCUUGCAUUCAGGAACAAGUGUUGUCACUGUAAUGCACCUGCCUUUUUAUGAAAGGACUCUUUAAACACUAAUUACAAAUAACCCACUUUCCAUGAAGUCUGUUUACCAGCUGGUUUUGAUAAUCACAGCAGUGAAAAAAUAAUGCAGAGACUUGUUCGGACUAACGCUUUGGAGGUUUUUGAAUUGUCAAGCUGGUUACUUAAAGUAAUUUCUCUGCCCCACCCCUGUAUUUUAUAAUUUCUGAAGUGUGAUUCUGUAAGUCAGGGGACCCAAGAUGGUUAAUUCCCUUUUUUCUGGAGAAGUAAUAAUCUUGUUGAUUGUAUUUAUGGUAUAUUGCAAGUGUUAUAAGCUCUUUAAAACAGUUCCCAAUAGAGGCUAUCGUCGUGGGUAUAGGAUUUUUUUUCUUUGCUGCACAGAGUAGAUGCAGUUUGCUUUUGUACUUCUAACAUCGAUUUACUUUUAUACUAUAGAAGCUCCCUUUGUAAAAAAUAUUUUCACACAGCCCUCUCCCCUCUCCCCCCCCCUUUUUUUUUUUUUUUGAGAAGCGACUAAUCAGUUCAAAUUACCACUGUGCGUGUUGGAGAAAAGGUUGGACUGGCCUAAUGAAUGCUAAAGACCGUUUUGCAAGGCUGUGUUAACACGCAAUUAUUCUCAGAAGAAUUCUAUUACCUUAAUAUACCUAUUCCCUGAGUUUCUUUAAGUCAAAUCUGCAUGUCGAUCCCUGGGUUCUUGUUCUUAUUAGCCUACUGGGUUUUAGAGCUAGUGCCUUUAAAAGAAAGCGAGGUAGAUUCUGUACACCAAGGUUUCUGAAAUGCAGUUGUCAGUUAAGCUCAAAAUGGUGAAUCAUGUGGUAGGUAAGAGGCAGAUCCCCAAAUCCUACAGUGAAUUUUCAAGGUUGGCAAUUAGAAGGUUCAUCUUGUAACUUGUAAACCGAGCUAAUAUGUCACAAAGAUGAGGCGUGCUUUUGGAAGUGUUUUGGAUGUUGUUUUCAAAACUACUGAGAAAUGUCUUGGUGCUGGAUAAGGAGAAGUUUUCAAAACUGUUUAAGGGAUUUAGAGGCCAAAUCUUACUAGAAGUCAGUAAAAACUGUUCUCCUAAGCAGCUAAGGAUUUUUUUUUAUUUGAAAAUAGACACCAAAAUGCUUAUCUGAAUUAUUUGAUGAGAUUAUCUAAUAACAAUACUCUUUCUCCCUCCCUCCCAAAUUACAUAGUACUGUCCACUUAUUCAGGAACAAAAAACACUCUCAUCAUUAACACCUGAUUGGGUUGGAAUCGCAUGUAGCCACUUCCAAUCUGGUAGGUAGGUUGUCUUAAAUGUGUAAGCCUUAACCCUAGAAACAUCCAAGUCUGGUCUAAACAAGUGAUGUUCCAAUCAUGGGUACAGGACUGUAGGUCUUCCCUCCAUGUUCUUGCCCCUGUGCCCCAUGCUCUUCAGAGCAUACUUGGGAGACACUAGUUAAAAUGCCUGUGGGUAGCUUUUGCUUAAUGCUCCCAUUGUUACAACUACUGUUGCUACUGGAAUUCUUGGUUAGAUGUCCUGCUAACAAAUGUAUGUGCCCCAUACUAACAAAGACCUUCACAAUGGCAAGAGAUGAUAAUAUUAGGUAAGACUGCUAUAUCCCUGUGUUUUAUAGAGCCCCUAGAAUGUACUAAGCUAUUUUUUACUGGCUCGGUUAUCUAGUUUGACAAUUUACGUGAAGUCUCGCUGAAUGCAAAUGGAGGAAUAGGACGUGCCUUUGUUCACAUCUAACUGCUUUGACCUAAAGGGUGGGCAGGUGUCUCCUUUUUCCCCUUAAAUCCAUCAUAUUUCAAGUGGCUUCAAUACCGAAUGUUAAGUGAAUGCUUUCUUUCAUUGCACCUAAACCAUGACCUGUUGAUUGUACAGUGACUACCUGAUUCUGAAUAUUUUUGUUACUAAUAUUUGUAGGUUUUGAUGCAACUUGUACAAUGUAUUUUCAUUCUAACCCUCCUUUUAUUUACUUAAGGGGUGCAACUAGCUUGGCUGUUAUUGAAUCCUAGGUCACGUUUUCAAAAGACAUUGUAUAAUGGAGAACAAACAGCAUUGUGAAGGAUAAUGCAGCUUUGAAGUACCAGUCUUCACUUAUUUAUAGUAAAAUACCCAUUUUCAGGGUGACAAAGCAGCCAUUCUUGCUGAGAACAGUCUGUGAUGUUUUAAAUAGCGCGUUAUGAUCCUUCUGUUAAGACGAUGCAGAUUUCUAAUUGGAAGCACUUACAUCUGUGCAUUAAGAAAUCUGAAAUAACUUUCUUCAAAGAACAUCAUUUGUGCUGCUCUCUCGAGGCGCCUCUGAAUCUAAAGUAGCCUUUUGGGGAAAAAAAAGAAAACUACUUUGUCACAUUUGCAGUGUAGAAGUCUAACUACACCAGCCAGCAAUCACUAGCUAGUGGAGCCUUUUCUGAACCCUGCUGUCCUCUGUGCACUGCAGUUAAUUUGAACUUCCUGUGUUCAAAAUAUUGUAUUGGCAGAUUGAGGAGCAAAUGGAAAAUGUUAACCAACAUGAACCCUUUAACAGGGGACUGUACAACAUCUGCAGUUUCAGUAAUGGGGUCCUAAUGAAUUGUAAAUGGCUCUAGUUUUUCUACAGGGAAGGAGACUUGGAGCUUAUGUUAAGCAGCACUUUGGUAUCAGUUUUUAAUUAGGUGAUAAUAUCAUACAGGAUAGUGUUGGAGGAUAGCAGUCUCCAACUGCUUGAUAAAUGCCAAGACCAAACUAAAUGCUUAACCUUCACCUUGACAUUUAAGUUUCGGAACAGGAGACAUUUAUCCCCUGGCAACUUUCCAUUCUACUGAUUUCUUUUUAUCUCUUGUAUCAAAUGAUGAAAAAUAAAUAAAUAACGGAGACUAACGGGACACUGGAGUGACUGAUGCCAGGCUGCUGUUGAAAAGCUGCAUUCUGCCUAGCAAAGAUGAUGCUUGUUUUCUUCCGC